AUGACCUCGGCACCAUCUCGGUGGCGUGUUGCACUGGAGGAUCGAAGCAACCGGCACCGUUCCGGGUUGGUUGCGAAAGAUCCCAAUGUGCCCACCACAAGUAGCGGGAAGCGUGUCCAGUUCAGUGCGGAGCGUAACCAAGUGCGCCUCAUUAGCCCGCGCCGCACCGGGCCACGGCAGUGGCGCAAGCUGGUGACUGGGACCUCUACCGCAGCAGAUAUAGGCAGAGGGGGUGCCGUCCAGGAAGAACAGCCCCAGACCAGAGCGAGGCGACCCUUUGCACGUCCACCACGCUCGCUUUCCGAUCGGAUUCCGGUGUUUGAGGAUAAACCAGAAGACAGUGUAUCCACACCUCACCCAUCCACCAACAACGGCCCCAAGCUCGCUGCACCACAGCCGCGCCUCACUCAGCAGCUGCACCGAAACCGCACACCUGACCUGACCGGAAAGCACAAGCCGGCUGAGACCAGCACUUCGGAAGGGGAUCAGCCUAAGCAUUGCCCCGUGCUGUAUGCCAACUCUCUGCCUGUACCGCGCCUUGCACCGCCAACUGAGCCCCCUGCAAGGUCGCCCUCACCCAAGGACCAGCCCACAGCUUCUGCUUCACCUUCGCCAUUGGCAUUGCAGCUGGCCAUACGCCGCCCAGCGCAUCGACGCCGGCCUCGGGCAUGGCACCGGCGCCACCGUCAACGUCAAGCAGCAACGGCAGCGGCAGCGGAGCCGACACCAGAGGCAGAAGUCGAGGAUGAGCUGCUCGCUCUGCCUGCGGCCUACGAGCUGCCGCUAGGACGAUUGAACGAAUAUAAUGUGAUCGUUCCUGAUGACGAAGUCUGUGAGCUCGUUCGCUCCCCACCUCGGCAGAGUGAACAAACCCGGGCUGGGACACCACCAGCAGGAAAGCAACGCAAAGCAUUGAAAAAAGACCGGCGCAGCCGACGCUGA